CAAUUAUAUAUAUAUAUAUAAAUAAAUAAAAAAAUGGGGAACUGUCAGCACGGCCGGCCGGCGACGUGGGCCGAUGACGACGAAGACGACUAUGAAGAGGAGGAGGAGGAGAUGACAAGAGAGAUCUCAGAGAAGAAGAUGAAGAUGGAGCCAGUUACCAAGGAAGUGAAGAUCAAGAUAACUAAGAAACAAUUAGAGGAGUUAUUACACAAGGCUGAAAUGCAAGGCUUGCCUCUACAACAAGCUUUGAUGGUUCUCAUGAGUGUCGGCAACGUUGUCGGUGAGCCGGAGAAUGGUAAACACUGGCGGCCGGCGUUGCAGAGUAUACCGGAGGUGGCUGAGUAGUUAAUGGUGGUGUUUUUGUAUUAAUUUGCAUGAUCACUUGUCAUGUUUGUGGAUUAAUUAUUUUUGGUUGUCAUUGUACAGAUAUUAACAAUUAUUUUGUAGUGAAUAUAUAUUAUGAUUGUUUCUCUUUAA